AUGGAUUUCGAAGAAGCUGAAGAUAUCAAUGGUAUUAGAUUUGCAUGGAAUGUAUUUCCAUCAACUAAAACUGAAGCAGGAAAAAUAGUUGUUCCUACUGGAUGUUUAUAUACACCAUUGAAACAAAGAGAAGAUUUACCAAUUGCAGCAUAUGAUCCAAUGUACUGUUCAAAUCAAGCUUGUAAACUGAUUUUGAAUCCUUAUUGUGCAGUUGACCCAAAUGGAUUUUGGAGAUGUCCAUUGUGUCAAUAUAGAAAUCCAUUACCUGCUCAUUAUCAUGGAUUAAAUCCUGAGAAUUUACCAUUGGAAUUACAAAGUGGUAGUUCGACUAUUGAAUAUAUUACUGCUAGACCAGUUCAAAACCCACCAAUUUUUACAUUUGUUAUUGAUUUAUGUCAAGAUGAUGAAAAUUUACAAGCUUUAUUGGAAGAUAUCAUUGUUAGUUUGAAUUAUUUACCUCCAAACGCUUUAAUUGGUUUAAUUACUUUUGGUACUAUGAUUCAAGUUCAUGAUUUAGGAAGUGAUAAAAUUAAUAAAAGUUAUAUUUUCAGAGGUGAUAAAGAAUACACUGAUAAACAAAUUAGUGAAAUGUUGAAUAGACCAAUUCAACAACAACCAAUGCAAAUGCAACAACCAGGUGGACAAAUGAACCCACAAAUUGCUAAUUCAUUAACUAGAUUUUUCUUACCAUUGGAGGAUAUUGAAUUUCAAUUGACUACAAUUUUAGAAAAUUUAAGAAAAGAUCCAUGGCCAGUUGCUAAUGGUAAUAGACCUUUGAGAAGUACUGGUAGUGCCUUAAACAUUGCCAUUAAUUUGUUGGGUUUAACAUUCCCAGGAUUUGGUGCCAGAGUUAUGUUGUUUGCUGCUGGUCCAUGUACUUUAAAUCCAGGUAUGAUUGUUGGUAAUCAAUUGAAGGAACCAAUCAGAUCUCAUUCUGAUAUUGAUAAAGACAAUGCUAAACAUUUUAAAAAGGCUACCAAAUUUUAUGAUGCAUUAGCAGCUAAAGCAGUCAAGAAUUGUCAUACUGUUGAUAUUUUUGCUGGUUGCUAUGAUCAAAUUGGUAUGUUGGAAAUGAAAACUUUAUGUAAUUUAACUGGUGGUACUUUGUUGUUGACUGAUGCAUUCACCACCUCUAUUUUCAAACGUUCCUUUUUAAGAUUGUUUAAUAAAGAUGAAGAAGGAUAUUUGUUGAUGGGAUUCAAUGGUAAUUUAGAAAUUAGAACUUCUAAAGAAUUGAAGGUUAGUGGAUUGAUUGGUAAUGCUUCUUCAUUACAAGUUAAAACCAGUAAUGUUUCAGAAAAUGAAUUGGGUAUUGGAGGUACAUCUACUUAUAGAUUAUGUUCAACUUCACCAAGACAUACUUAUGGUAUCUUUUUUGAUGUUGUUAAUCAACAGCAAUUACCACCAAAUGCUCAAAGUUAUAUUCAAUUUAUCACUCAUUAUCAACAUGCCAGUGGUACUUAUAGAGUUAGAGUUACCACAGUUUCCAAUUUCUUGACUAGUGAUGAACAAACUUUGACCAACAGUUUUGAUCAAGAAGCUGCAGCAGUUUUAAUGGCAAGAGUUACCUUAUUCAAGAGUGAACAAGAUGAUGGUGCUGAUGUUUUAAGAUGGGUUGAUCGUAUGUUGAUUAGAUUAUGUCAAAAAUUUGCUGAUUAUAGAAAAGAUCAAGAAGAAUCAUUUAGAUUGGGACCACAAUUCCAAUUGUAUCCUCAAUUUAUUUAUUAUUUGAGAAGAUCACAAUUUUUACAAGUUUUCAACAAUUCACCUGAUGAAACUGCAUUUUAUAGACAUGUUUUAUUGGUUGAAGAUACCAACAAUUCCUUGAUUAUGAUUCAACCAACAUUGACUUCAUUUACAUUGGAUGGUGAACCUGAAGCUGUGUUAUUGGAUUCUGUAUCUAUUAAGGAUGAUAGAAUUUUAUUAUUGGAUACAUUUUUCCAUAUUUUGAUUUUCCAUGGUAAAACCAUUUCUCAAUGGAGAAAAGCCAAUUAUCAAGAUAUGGAAGAAUAUAGUAAUUUCAAAGAAUUAUUAGAUGAACCUAAGAAAGAGGCUGCUGAAUUAUUACAAGAUAGAUAUCCAUUACCAAGAUUUAUUGAUACUGAAGAAGGUGGUUCACAAGCCAGAUUCUUGUACAGUAAAUUGAAUCCAAGUGUUACUUAUAACACCAAUGAUUUUGUUGGUGGUGGUGGAGCCAUUGUUUUAACUGAUGAUGUUAGUUUACAAGUCUUUAUGAGUCACUUACAGAAAUUGGUUGUUUCUGGAUCCAGUUAA